AUGCCGAACAUCAUCAGGACCACCCUGACACCAGCUAUCGGUCGUCUCAAUCACGCCAUGAUGGCCGAGGUCGACGCGGCCGUGCUCCGCGAGCUCGGAGAGUGCAUCGAAUGGACUCCGAUUGAAAUCUACGGGAAGAUCAUGCGCAUCCUCGCCGUCGCGUCUGGACGCGUGUUCAUCGGGCCCGAACUGUGUCACGACGAGCGCUACAUCGAGGCCGUGGUCAACUAUACUAUAGUGCUCAACCAGGCCACUCUAGACAUCAAGAAACUCAACCCCUGGCUGAAGCGGUUCCAGGCACACAGGCUUCACUCUGUCAUCGCGCUCAAGAAGCUCGAGGACCGGUUCUUGACCUUCAUCGCGCCCACCGUCGAAGCCCGUCGCAAAGCCAUGACCAGCGGUCAGACGGUUCCUGAUGAUAUGCUCACGUGGCUCAUGACGAAAGGUGCCGGCGACGGGAUAGAGACUGUAAGGGAUAUAGGUCUGAACCAACUCGGUCUCACGCACGUCGCCUCAUUCGCGACCGGGGCGACGGCCACAAAUGUGCUGUAUGACCUGGCUUUUCGGCAACAGUACAUCAAGCCGCUGCGCGACGAGGUCAGAGAGACCCUUGCUGGGUUUGACGGGAAGCUCACGACCCCGGCCCUGCGGAACCUACAGAAGAUGGACAGUGUCAUGAAGGAGUCGUUGCGCAUGCAUCCGCUCGUCUUCUCCACCUUUGAGCGGCGCGCUCUGCAAUCCUUCACUCUCUCUGAUGGGCAUUUCAUACCCAAGGGAACCAACCUCGAGAUCCCCAACCAUGCCAUUGCACGGGAUCCUGAGAUAUUUCCCGAUCCUGACGCCUUUAAGCCCUGGCGGUUCUACGAGAUGGGUGAGAAAAACACAGAGAAGAACGGCGGCGGCACAUCGCACCAGUUCGUCUCGGUGUCGACAGAGCUCGGUUCCUUUGGCUAUGGCCGCGACGCGUGUCCGGGACGGUUCUACGCCGCCGACGAGCUCAAAAUGAUCUUGGCGCGGAUCCUGAUGGCGUACGACGUGCGGAUGGUCGAUGGCGAGACGGAGCGGUACCCUAAUCUCGACUUCGGAGGGGUUUGUAUCCCCGACCCGACCCGCAAGCUGCUUUUCAAGCGGGUUGUCGACUCUCCUACUCGUUAG